AUGGUAUCCCUAUAUUUUUGCGCCAAAAUAAAAAAAAAAAAAGCGCCCGCGAAAGGGCUUCCCACUAACGUAUUCGCAAAGGUUGGCAAGCGAGACAAGCAAAAUGUGUACCUCUUUCUGCUGGGCACCACCGCGAAGAAGAGUCCCAAUAAGGUCUUCUCCUCGGAAGGGAGAAAGAAUAAGAAGGAGGGGGAAAAAAUAAAAUCGGUCAGUUCGCUAACAGAUGAGGACAAAUAUAACCUCAUCAGGGACUUAAAGAAAUACUGCGAAUGUACAAAGCGGUACAGGAGGCUCCCCACAAGGGAAGUACCCAUCGACAACAUCAAAAUCGGGGGCAGCAACAAAAUAGCCAUUCAAACCAUGACUACCUGCGACACGAGGAAUGUAGAUGAAUGCGUUUAUCAAAUUAAAAAGUGCAAAGAGUUGGGGGCAGAUCUAAUCAGAUUGACCGUCCAAGGGGUGCAGGAAGCAGAGGCGAGUUACCACAUUAAAGAAAAAUUGCUAGCUCAAAAUAUUACCAUUCCGCUAGUAGCAGACAUACAUUUUAAUCCCAAAAUUUCUCUCAUGGCAGCAGAUGUAUUUGAUAAAAUACGCAUAAACCCAGGGAAUUACGUCGAUGGGAGGAAGAAAUGGAUCAAUAAGAUUUACAAAACGAGAGAAGAAUUCGAUCAAGGGAAAUUAUUUAUUCAGGAGAAGUUCAUCCCCUUGAUUGAAAAGUGUAAGAGGUUAAAUAGAGCCAUACGAAUCGGCACAAAUCACGGCUCCCUAUCUUCUAGGGUACUCUCUUUCUAUGGGGAUACCCCCUUAGGUAUGGUCGAAUCGGCGUUUGAAUUUUCCGAUUUGUGUGUACAGAAUAACUUCUUCAAUGUGGUUUUCUCCAUGAAGGCUUCCAACGCGUAUAUAAUGAUACAGUCGUAUAGGCUACUCGUGGCGAGGCAAUAUGAAAGGAUGGGCAACGGGUUACUAUUCCCACUGCAUUUGGGCGUUACCGAAGCAGGGUUUGGGGAUAACGGAAGGAUAAAAUCCUAUUUGGGGAUAGGUUCGCUGCUGUACGACGGGAUAGGAGACACCAUCAGGAUUUCGUUAACUGAGGACCCUUGGGAGGAAUUAACUCCUUGCAAAACGUUGAUUAAAAAUUUAAAAAAAAGAGUCUUUUAUGAUGACCAUAAUGAAGGGGGAGAAGAAGACGGUAGGGUUUCUCCCCCAGGGGGUAGUACCUCCUCCAAAUUGCUCUCCUUUGAGGAGCACUUUCGAAAUUUUAACAAAAUGGCAAAAAGGAACGUCGAAAAGAGGGAAGGCGUGCUGCAUGAGGAGUGCACCAUCGGGAAUGUAGUCACGGAGAAGGAGCUGGAAGAUUCAUUGCAAAUUUUUAAAGACUUGAAUUUAGAGCUUGAUCAAAAUGGUAACCUCAAAAAGGGCGCCAAAUCUACUGACAUUGUUGUUGUCCCCAAAUUGGGGGGGUUAAGUGGCAGAUCGUGGGCGACCCUGGGGAGGCUGGCAGAGGCGGGCGUGCACUUGUUAGCGGAGUACGAUGAGGGGGACGUGGCCAUGCUGAGCAGUACCACCAAGGGGAUGGACCCCGUUGCCCGGAACACCCUAUUUUAUGCCAACUUGAAUCACAUGCAGACCCUCCUGCAGAAGCACGGGGGGAGGAUCCCACUGCACAGCGCCGCCAAGGGGUACGUACUGCUGGUCAACGGGAAGGAAGACACUCACCUGGUGGAGCAAGUGUUUAACCAAAUGAAAGGGAAAAACCCACUGCCCCUAUUCUUCCUACUCAAAUCAGACAGCAUAUACGAACACGUCAUAGCUACCAGACGGUUCAACGAAAUUGUAAAUUCGCUGCGUAUAAAUGUGCCCUAUGUGCACUAUGCGAAUGUCACCUCGACCAGCUACGACGACAUGCUGGUCGAUUCGACUCUCCACGUGGGGACUUGCCUAAUCGAUUUAAUGGGAGACGGGUUGAUUAUCAAUGUGGCGAGUGGGGAGAUGAAGCUGAGUGGGCACUCCAAAGGGGGCGCUAAAGAGGCAGUUAAAGAAGCAGUUAGCGCGGGCGUUAAAGAGGCUCCUAACGAGGCUGCUAACGAGGGAGCCCCUUCUCGCGUGGCGCUGAACUCAUUUCUCGCCCUGAACAUCCUGCAGGACACACGGGCGCGUCUAUUCAAAACGGACUACAUUGCCUGCCCCUCUUGCGGCCGAACCCUUUUUAACAUACAAGAGACGACGAAAAGGAUUAUGCAACUGACUGGCCAUUUGAAGGGAGUUAAAAUUGCAGUCAUGGGGUGCAUUGUCAAUGGCAUUGGCGAAAUGGCGGAUGCUCAUUUUGGUUAUGUAGGAAGUGCCCCCAAAAAAAUAGACCUAUAUUACGGGAAAGAACUCGUCGAGAGAAACAUCCCUGAGGAGCACGCCUGCGACAAACUUGUGGAGCUCAUCAAGAAGCAUAACAAGUGGCAGGACCCGUAG